AUGGGGGUCUGUGGGUACCUGUUCCUGCCCUGGAAGUGCCUCGUGGUCGUGUCUCUCAGGCUGCUGUUCCUUGUACCCACAGGAGUGCCCGUGCGCAGCGGAGAUGCCACCUUCCCCAAAGCCAUGGACAACGUGACGGUCCGGCAGGGGGAGAGCGCCACCCUCAGGUGCACGAUUGACAACCGGGUCACCCGGGUGGCCUGGCUAAACCGCAGCACCAUCCUCUAUGCUGGGAAUGACAAGUGGUGCCUGGACCCACGCGUGGUCCUCCUGAGCAACACCCAAACCCAGUACAGCAUCGAGAUCCAGAACGUGGAUGUGUAUGACGAGGGCCCGUAUACCUGCUCUGUGCAGACGGACAACCACCCAAAGACCUCGAGGGUCCACCUCAUUGUGCAAGUAUCUCCCAAAAUUGUGGAGAUUUCUUCAGAUAUCUCCAUUAAUGAAGGGAACAAUAUCAGCCUCACCUGCAUAGCAACAGGUAGACCAGAGCCUACGGUUACCUGGAGACACAUCUCCCCAAAAGCCGUGGGCUUUGUGAGUGAAGACGAAUACCUGGAAAUCCAGGGCAUCACGCGGGAGCAGUCGGGGGACUACGAGUGCAGUGCCUCCAACGAUGUGGCUGCACCAGUGGUCCGAAGAGUAAAGGUCACCGUGAACUACCCGCCGUACAUUUCAGAAGCUAAGGGGACAGGCGUCCCCGUGGGACAGAAGGGAACACUGCAGUGUGAGGCCUCAGCUGUUCCCUCCGCAGAAUUCCAGUGGUACAAGGAUGACAAAAGACUGGUUGAAGGAAAGAAGGGGGUCAAAGUGGAAAACAGACCUUUUCUCUCAAAACUCAUCUUCUUCAAUGUCUCGGAGCACGACUAUGGGAACUACACCUGUGUGGCCUCCAAUAAGUUGGGCCACACCAAUGCCAGCAUCAUGCUAUUUGAACUAAAUGAGCCUACAAGCUCAACUUUGUUGCAAGAGGUGAAAACUACAACUUUGACCCCUUGGAAAGGCCCCGGCGCAGUCAGCGAAGUGAACAACGGGACGUCGAGGAGGGCAGGCUGCAUCUGGCUGCUACCUAUUCUGGUCUUGCACCUACUCCUCAAGUUUUGA